AUGAUCAUCAUCCUGACCGUCUUCCUAUCGCUAAUAGCGCCCUUCUACAUCAUCUACAAGCCUCCCGCGCUGCUCAUCAAGUACUUUGCGUAUCGCUGGCCGGAUGUGCUUUGGCGGGUUGCCACGACGGAGAAGAUUAUCGCUCUGACUAUUGACGACGCGCCGUCGGAGUACACGACGCAGAUUAUGAAGAUUCUGGAAGAGAAUGAUGCCGCGGCGACGUUUUUUGUGAUUGGGGGUCAGGUGCCGGGCAGGGAGGAGGUGCUGAAAGAGUUGGUGCAGAAUGGGAAUGAGCUGGGGAAUCACGCCAUGCAUGAUGAGCCGUCGCGGAGUCUGUCUGAUGCGGAUUUGAUUCAGCAAAUCGAUGCUGUGGAAACGAUGAUAUAUGAGGCGUAUGAUGCUGCGGGGAUUGAGCAUCCGCCCCGGUAUUUCCGCCCUGGAUCUGGAUUCUUUUCUGUGCGCAUGAGGGAGCGGCUGAAGAUGCUCAAGUAUCGACUUGUUCUCGGAAACAUAUAUCCUCACGACCCGCAAAUCCCGUAUCCGAAUGUUAACGCAGCGCAUAUUCUGAGUAUGCUGCAGCCAGGCGGGAUCAUCAUUUGCCAUGACAGGAGGAGCUGGACGAUUCCCAUGUUGAAGAAGGUCAUUCCGGAGAUUAAGAGGAGGGGGUAUCAAAUCACUACGGUUUCUGGCCUCCUCAACCAUGCGCCUAUUGAGCGGGGGACAGACUUCAACGAUGAUUCGGGAUCUUAA